UUAAGAUCUUCUAUCUGGCUGCUGGUUUUAGCGCCUUCCUGCUCCGAAUGGCGAACGAGCGGCUCCGACUGCUGGAGGAGGUGGAGAAGGAAAUCGCUGUGGUCCUGCAGUGUGCCGGAAACAUUGUUCUGGAACUCUCCAAAGACAAACACAACGCCAGCUUACUGGACAGACAACUAGUCCAGUUCCAGACGUCAAUAAACCGAGUGGAGAGUGAACUGAGUGCCCAGAUCCGCUACCUCACACAGGUAGCAACUGGUCAACCACACGAAGGCUCAACUUAUUCAACCAGGAAGGACUGCCAGAUGUCGCUGAACAGAGCAGAGUAUGCAAAGGUCAAGCUGGGAGAACUGGGUCGGACAUGUGAAGCCAUGCUGGAGCAGCAGCAGAUAUGAGACACAGAGGCCACAUGGCUGCCUGCUGUUCCCAAGGUUGCUGAGUCCGCAGCAGCACCUCCCUGUAGUUUCUGGGACUGUAUUAGUUUUCCACAGACAAUGGUCAAAAAGGUUAGAGUGACAUCAACCAAGACACUGGAUAAAAAGGAAGGCUUUUAAAGUGUAUAACUUUUGCUGUUUUUUUCUUUCAAGCACCAAACCGUUUGUGCAACAAUAUUUGAAUUUCAGUAAAGUUUUUGUAAUUUCCACUAGAUCUGCUACCUACAAGUAUUGCAACUCCUUUCUAGUAGAAAGUACUGUGACUUCAACUGUAGGCUAGUUUUUCAAGUAAACAUUUUCUUGGCAAACAUUGUAAAACUUUGGUACAGUUGGCUUUUUCAGUUUUCAGAAAAUGUAAAUGAGUAAAAAAAACAUUCUUAAUCAUUACUGCAGCUUUAUUAAUUGACAGAUAGGAUGUAAUUAUGCAGUUUGAAGGUGGAAAUACUAAUUGAAAAGAUAGAAAUUGGAAUUCUAAGGAAGAAAGAUGGUUUCAAUCCAAUAUGGCUCCCUUGAAUAAAUAUUUUUGUGACUUCCACUGUAAAAUCAGUUUGUAUCUUUAUUAAACACGGUGAAUAUUUA